UACCCUGCCCGGCUCUCCCAACCAUUUCUAGAAAGCUCGCCGAGCCUCUGUCUUGCCAGCCACAAGUUAGUAGAGGAGAGUCACGGAGGAAGAUCCGGAGGCGGCCGAGGCGAGGCAUAUGGAGGUGGAGAGGCCGCCGGGGCUGGGCGUCGACGGGUUCUUCACGGAGGCCGACCUGGCCGCGGCGGACCAGCUGGUGCAGCUGAGCGCUAGCGGGGGCCCGGAGGCUGCGGCCCCGACGUCGUCCUCGCGGUCGGUGAACAACACCGAGAUGGCGGCGGCCACCGACAUGGCGGACCAGCUGGUGCAGCUGAGCGGAGGCGGAGGCGCUGAGAUGGCGUCCCCCACGUCGUCCUCGCUGUCGGCGCGGUCGGUGAACGACGCCGAGGCGGCGGCCGGGAGGGAGGUCGAUCACAGGGACGACGAUGGGGUGGUGGACAGGAGGGCGAGGAAGCGGUACCGGCUGCUGGCCGAGCUCUACCACGCCACCCGGCCGGCCAAGCGGUAA